AUGCUUCGAAUCAACAUCCCCCCCGUCACCCGCGCGAUCCUCACAAGCAUAGCAGUGCUGUUCAUUCUACAUACGGCGACAAGAUACAAACACUAUGCUGCUGGUAAAUCGUCGUCCUCUGUUGCUGCGGUGCCGUACUUCCUGGCCGUUCCGUCAAAAGUCCUCUUCUAUCCAUGGACGCUUCUAUGCGCAACCUUUGUGGAACAGAAUAUUGUCACUCUCCUGAUUAACGGAGCAACGAUAUUUUACGGAGGGAAAUAUUUAGAACGAGCCUGGGGCUCGAGGGAGUUUGGGAAAUUCAUUCUGGUGCUUGCACUGGCCUCGAAUUUGUCCAUGGUGUUUCUCUAUCUGGCCACGUCCGCAAUUCGCGGCAAGCCUGAGAUUGCUAUGAAAGGAAUCGGCGGGGGAAUUGCCGUACAGUCGUCGUUUCUUGUUGCUUUUAAGCAGCUAGUCCCCGAACAUACAGUCACCAUCCUCCGUGGCCUCGUUAAGAUACGAGUCAAGCAUUUCCCAGCUAUAUUCCUCCUUCUCAAUCUUAUCGGUGCUCUUUUUCUCGGGACGGAUGUUGCAUUCCAUCUCAGCUGGCUUGGGCUACUCAUUAGUUGGACAUUCCUCCGAUUCUUCAAAUACCAGCCUGAUCUCUCGGGUACCUCCACCAGUGGCCGGGGAAUUAAAGGCGAUGCUAGCGAUACUUUUGCUUUUGCAUGCUUUUUCCCAGAUGCACUCCAGCCACCUAUCAACUUUGUUGCUGAGCAAGUAUUCGCUAUUCUGGUAGCGAUCCGUAUCUGCACUCCAUUCUCAGCGGAAGACGUUGCUUCUGGGAAUGAACAAGUAUUGGCGCGUGGAGAAGCUGGUCUUCCGAGUCUGUUGAACAAUAAUGUCCGUGGGACACCUAGGUCUGGAAAGAGGGAAGAAGCUGAACGACGGAGAGCCCUCGCACUUAAGGCCUUAGAUCAGAGGCUACAGUCUGCAAGCUCAAACAGAGCAGCACAGCAGCCUGCGGCGUCUUCUACACCAUCAUCCCAAACUUCAGCUCCUGCUGCAACUCCCACGGCACCGGUAGUUCCCGCUGGUGAAACAAUGUUAGGUGAAACCAAUUAUACCCCUGACCGCGCCUAA